GAAGCCUACAAAUAUGAAUAAACAAGAAAACUGAAAAAAACAAAGAAAAAACUACAAUAAAGAGCUUGAAAAAUAACACCCCAAAAAAGAAAACCACCCAAGACCACCGACACCUCCGCCGAUCAUCCACCGCCGACCACCACUACUUCCAUUCACUUCCCAACUGGAAAGAUCUUUGGGUUUUAUUUUUAAAUGUGUUUUUUAAUUUCAAUUAAUCAUCAUAUCAUUCUUUGAUUCCUCAGUUUUAGGGAAUUUUUGGGGUCUUUAAAAAGACCAAAAAGGGGUUCAUUUUUAAAAAAAGCUUAGAUCAAAUCUUAAAAAAAUGGGGAUUAUUCGGUGGAUUUAGGAUUUUGAGGGGGCUUUUGGGUUUUGUAAGGGUUUUUUUUUAAUGAGAGAUGUCUGAUGCUUCAGGGAUUAAUGAAUCUGCUCUCGGUUUGUUGGAACCCAUUUGGGCAUGAAGUAGAAAGUCACGAAACAAACGGCGUCCUUGGCGGCGGCGAUGGCGGUGGUAGUGGUGGCUCAAGGGAAGGUAAAGAUGGGUUGCUUUGGUUUCGUGAUAUAGGGAAAUAUGGGUCCGGUGAAUUUUCCAUGGCCGUGAUCCAAGCAAACCAAGUGCUCGAGGACCAAAGCCAGAUCGAGUCCGGCCAAUUUGGUACCUUCGUUGGGAUCUAUGACGGACACGGCGGCCCUGAGGCGGCGCGUUACGUUUGCGAUAACUUGUUCAGCCACUUUCGAGCCAUGACAGCCGAAUCAGAAGGAGCUGUCACUGCUGAGACCAUUCAAAGAGCUUUUCGACAAACUGAAGAAGGGUUUACGGCCCUUGUGUCGGAGUUAUGGAGUACUCGACCAAAUAUGGCAACGGUCGGGACGUGCUGUCUGGUUGGGGUAAUAUAUCAGCAAACACUUUUUAUUGCAAAUCUCGGUGAUUCACGCGUUGUGCUCGGCAAGAAAGUUGGCAACACCGGAGGAAUGGCUGCUAUGCAGUUGUCAACUGAACACAAUGCUAAUAUCGAGGCUAUUAGACAUGAACUUAAGGAAUUACACCCGACUGAUCCGCAUAUUGUUGUUCUCAAGCACGGAGUUUGGAGAGUAAAGGGCAUUAUUCAGGUUUCUAGGUCGAUAGGUGAUGUUUAUAUGAAACACGCACAGUAUAACAGGGAACCGAUUAAUGCAAAAUUCAGGCUUCCUGAACCAAUGAAUAUGCCGAUAUUAAGUGCCAAUCCAACUAUUAUUUCCCAUGCUCUCCACCCAAACGAUUCUUUCCUUAUAUUUGCUUCUGACGGUCUAUGGGAACACUUGAGCAACGAAAAAGCCGUGGCUAUUGUCCAUAGUCAUCCACGUGCGGGCAGUGCGAAAAGGCUAGUCAAGGCUGCCCUACAAGAAGCAGCGAGAAAACGAGAAAUGAGAUAUUCGGAUCUUCGUAAGAUCGACAAGAAGGUUCGACGCCAUUUUCACGACGAUAUAACUGUUAUUGUGUUAUUCUUUAAUCACGAUCUUAUCUCCAGAGGUGCCGUUCAAGACCCUCCGGUAUCGAUUCGAAGUGCAUUAGAACACAAUUAAAUUCAUAUGGCCGAAUAGAUUUCUACUUCGUCCGGUUCCCCCGCCCCCCCUACAUACACAUGAAACUGUACCAACGGACGACCAUUCCCCGAUCCACCGGCUCGUAUACUGAUUAUAGGGAGAGAAUUCACAUCUGUAAAAUGAUUAAAAAAAGUGUGACCAACAUUUACUGCAAUAACUUUGUUAACUCAUCAGUGUAUAAUCUAAUUGAAUGCUUGUGGUAUUUGCAUUUGAUCGCAUUUCAUGAUAA